AUGGAAGAAUUUCUUCUCCGUGACCCGCCAACCAAAGCAACUGCUUCUCUUCUAAGCGCCGACGGAAAUACCCUAAUCACAGAGAAGGCAACAAUUCUACAGGAAUGGGCCGAGCACUUCAAAGGCAUUCUCAUCCGCCCCUCCACCACCUCCGACGCCGUCAUCGCCCGUCUGCUUCAAGCGGUGACCAACACCGACCUCGACCUCUUGCCCUCUCUCUACGAAACCGUCAAGGCCGCGCAGCAGCUUUCCAGCGGGAAAGCGUCCGCAUUGAACGCAAUGCCUGCUGAAAUCCACAGGCACGGUGAUCUCCAACUCACGGAUUAUCUGACGGUGCUCUACCUGGAGAUGCGAAGCCAAAGACAGCUCCCGGAAGAUUUUAAGGACGCCGCAAUCGCUCAUCUGCAUAAGCGUAGAGAUAAUCGCCAGCUCUGCGACAACCACCGAGGCAUCUCUCUGCAAAACAUUGCCAGGAGGAUUUUCGCUUGCAUUUUUCUCAACCGUCUCAAAAAGCAUAUGGAACAGGGUUUCCUGCCGAAAAGUCAGUGCGGCCUCCGUCGUCAUCGCUGGAACACCGACAUGAUCAUCGUCGCUUGCUAACUGCAAGAGAAGUGCCGGGAAAUGAGGAUCCGCCCCUAUCCUACUUUAGUGGAUCUGCCGCAAGCCUUCGACACGGUGAAUCGCUGUCCCGAGCAAUUCACUCAGAUGGUACGUCAGCUCCACGAUGGCAUGACGGCGCGCGUAACGGGCAAUGGCACCGUCUCAGACGCAUUCACAGUGACCAACGGAGCGAAGCAGGGUUGCGUCCUCGCGCCAACGCUCUUCAAUCUCAUGUUCUCACUCAUGCUAAUAGACGUCUACCGUGGAGAACGUCCCGGGAUCCGCGUCGCCUACAGGACGGACGGCCACCUCCUCGACCAUCGGCGGAUGCGCUUCCAGUCGGGUGUAUCCACAACUACAGUAUAUAAACUUCUUUUUGCCGACGACUGCGCCAUCAACACCACCUCAGAAGGGGACAUUCAAAGCAGCACGGAUCUCUUCGCCGUCGCCGUCGCCUGUGAUAACUUCGGCCUGGUCAUCAACACCGAGAAGACGGUGGUUAUGUACCAACCGCCACCCGACGCUCCAUAA